UUGAGAAGUGGAGGUAGCCUGCGUUCUUAUUGUACAUUUUCCAUUUAGCGGACCUGAGAAGAUAACCUGUAACUGAUGUUUGGUCCUGCUGUGCCGACAUAAAGUCUCUUUGUAGAUUAUUACUGGAGGAAUUUAUUGAACAGUUUUACUUACUCAUUGACACUGUAAAAGAGGAGGGAACCAUGAACAGUCUGGUGGAAACAGAGGACGACCAAUACAGUCCAAUACAUCUCACUGGGCUCGGAAUAUGUUGCCCCCUCAGUCCCAAACAGCACCACAAUGGGCCUGGUCUGGAGAGCCCACAGCAGUACACCAAAUGGCUCCCCAGCCGCCACGAGGCCAGCCUGCUGCCCAUGAGAGAGGACCUGGCUCUCUGGCUCAACAUAUUUCUAGACUCUGGGGUCACGGCUGACAGCCUGAUGGACAGGCUGGAUAAUGGGGUUCUGCUGUGCCAGCUGGCCGAGGAGCUACAGGAGAGGAUGAUCCAAGGCAGCAAUGGCAAGCCCUUCGUCCGCAGGGUGAUUCAUUGGCGAGCUGAUGCUACUUCUGGCUCUUUCUUUGCCCGGGACAACGCUGCCAACUUCCUCUACUGGUGUCGGAAGAUUGGUGUGGAUGAGACUUACCUGUUUGAGUCUGAAGGUUUGGUGCUCCACAAACAACCUCGGGAGGUGUGUCUCUGUCUUAUGGAGCUGGGAAGGAUUGCAGUCAGGUAUGGUGUGGAGCCCCCAGGGUUGGUGAAGCUGGAGAGAGAGAUAGAGAGGGAGGAGGCAGGGUCUCUCACCCCAUCGUCACCUCUGGCCUUCCCCUCACCCACAACUCUUCCCUUAAUCUUACCGCUGCUCCAUGCUCCUACACCCCCUGCUUCUGUAACCCCACCUCCCAGUCCAAGCCCACCCCCUUCCUCAGCCCCAAUAGACCCUACACCUCCAACUUCCAUCUCAUCCUCGUCAACCACCACCAGCACAACUUCCACUCAAACCUCACCUGUUACCACUGUCACAACCUCCACGCAGACCCCUCCAACAACACCAACCACAGAUACUAUCUCAGCCCUGAGCCUUACAGAGACCCCUGUCUCCCCAUCUACACAUUCUCCGCCACUGCCGUCACCUCCAUCCCAACCCUCACCCUCUCCCUCACCUAAGCCCAUGGCGCGUCGUCCAAGCAAAUCAUCUGCUAAGAAGACGCCAAGCACAUGCGACUUGUUGGAUGACAUUGUGAGAAACAUUAUCGAGGACCCGCCAUGCAGCUGCCCCACUAAGUUCCCUGUGGAGAAGCAUCCUAAAGGACGCUAUCGUGUCGGGGAGAAGGUCCUCUACGUACGAAUGCUGAAUGAGCGUCAUGUGAUGGUGCGCAUCGGGGGAGGCUGGGAGACCUUGGGAUGUUACCUGCUGAAGCAUGACCCCUGCCGGAGUCCACCGGUCACCCCGCUCAGGACCUGUUGGGCCAAAGGAAAGUCCCCCAACAUGAAGGACCUCUUACCACUGUCACCAGACAGCUACAUGGUGGUGGGGGCACACUAUCGUGCCAAGAAAUAAAACAUGAAUCUGUUCAACCAUAACAGAUAACUGUCAACAAAAUACCUGGCAUGGUGUUAUUUUGGGGCGGUAGGUAGCCUAGUGGUUAGAGCAUUCGGACAGUAACCGAAAAGUUGCUAGAUCGAAUCCCCGAGCUGACAAGCUAAAAAUCUGACAAGCUAAAAGGCAGUUAACCCACUGUUCCAAGGCCGUCAUUGUAAAUAAGAAUUUGUUCUUAACUGACUUGCCUAGUUAAAUAAAGGUUAAAUAAAUAAAACAAUUUAAGAUUAGUUUGAAAAAGUGAUCUUACCAGUAAAAAUCUAUCCUGUAGUCGUUAAAAGAGUUGAUUCAGAAAGGCUAGUAUAGCUGAGAGGUAAUGGCGUUUAGAAUUGUAUUUUACUACAUUGGAUGAGGGCUCAUCUGAAGACUGUCCUGUCCUGGCAAAAAUGUGAACUAUCAAUUUAUCUGUAGUCAGUUGUUUGAUGGUUAGCUACUACCCUGCAGCCUUGACUCUUCCUCAUUUGCUGGAAUUAUCAUGACUGAGGACACAGACAGAAAAUACCCAACUCUCCUCUAGGUGGCACUGUGUCAUAAGCAAUAGAUGAUACAAGCAACACUUAGACCAGGGUUUCUUAGCCUCUAUGGCUGAAUUUAGACAUGCAGCACAAUUAUGAUAUUUUUUUGACCAACCAGAUCAGCCCUAAGAUGAUCUAAUGUGAAAAGACCUGUGAUUGGUCAAAAGACCUAUUGGUGGAAAAAAAUAUCAUAAUUGGGCUGCCUGUCUAAAUGCAGCCUAAUAUUAUUACAGGGAAUUCAUCCACUGAGGUCCACUAAAAGUAAGCCUAGCAUUUGGAGUAAAUCAGUGUCAGCUCACUAACUGACAGAUGUCAGCAACAUCCAUGUGAUUGUUUUUAAAACCUCAUCAGUUCUGUAUUAGUUUGGAGAAUGAAUAUGUGCUACAUAUUGAUGAAAGACAAACUGAGAUGGAUGAUGGUUGUUACUUUUAUUGUGAAAUCAUGGCAUUCGUGUAACUCCUCUGAAAAAUGUGCCACAUGUCCAACCAAAACUUUACUGCAGUGGUUGCAAGAACCAUAAUCGCCUAUGUGACUAAACUCUACAUGAGUGGGAAAUAGUGUACCUGUAAGCCCAGAUGGGCAGUUCACAGGAAGAGGUUUACCUAAGCUCAGUGUUUUUCUGUCGUGACAUAAGAUGACAUAGACAUCUAAAAUACAUGAAUAAUACAGACACAGUUGACUUCAGAAUAGUAUAUUAAUUACAUUUUAUUUCAGUAAAAUAAAUUAGAUUAAAAAAUGGACACAAGUUUGAAUACAUUAAAAGAAAUGAACCAUAAUGAUCUCAUGCGAGACUAUAAUGUCUUUUAAUCGUCUUUCUCCAUCCUCGUGGAUUGAACCAGUAUAAAUGACUUGUAGAAAAUCAUAGCAGUGCUACUUAAAGAGGUGCCACUUGAAAUUGUGGCAUUUGUACACAGUGUCCCACAUUGCUCACACUGAACACUUUCCAGUUCCUCAUGAAACACUAGAAGUCCCAAUAAGAGAAGUACU